AUGGCAGCCCCUGUGAGCCUUGGCAAUAUGACCUUCUGGGUGCCUCCGGCUGUCGCAGUCCCAGAGUGCGCUAGCCAGGUGAAGCAGCAGGAGCAGCUUCUGUCCCAGCCAGAAUAUUCCUCCCCUCACGUGAGCGAAGAACAACCUCACACAUUAGGUUUCACCGGUCCGACAACGAAUGAACCGAUAUUGAUACCGUCCGACACUGAGGGCCGGUUAGACAUAGACGAUACAAAUGGUGAUAAUGGCUGUCGAGACGUGGGCUGGCAUUCGGACGAUACACUUCUAUCGGCUGAUGCCCUUGUGCCGUCUCUUGCCACGGCCUCGCCUGACGAUGUUUGCUAUAUUGUGGCAAGCGACGACAUACCAGAAGGUUCCCUUACACAACCGCCCUCUCCGAAGGGAUCAGAAGAAGAGGACCUCCGGGAGGGCCGCGGCCGAGCUCCCAACGCCGAUAAAGAGAGGACUCAAACCAAUCAACGGUCGAAUCCCAACUUCAAUAUUAACGCCGACAUCCAGCCCCAUUCUAAUAGCGACUAUAACACGCAAGGAUACCAGGAGGGGCUGGAGUAUGGUAUCCUCCCAGGCCUACCAAGACUUCCACUGUGCGGCGACAGCAAAGCCAAUAAUAGCCCUGAUGUCGACCAGUAUAUACUCAAACGCCGCAAGACCCACAAGUCUAUAGCCAGGGUCGAUAACUGCUCCCGCGAAGUCCAUAGAGAACUCUUUUAUCUAAUUACGGCAUCCAAACCCAAGACCACAUCGGAAACCAGCUAUAGUUAUAACAGUAUCGUACGAGGUGACCAAGAGUACUCUCCUCCAGCACGGAAUAGCCACGCAACAGAGGCGCUAAGCGAGAGCUGUUUACCGAUGAUGAUUCUGACCACCAUGCCCGCAAACGGCGUAAGCUUAGACGAUCCUCAACCCGCGGCAAGCCUCGCCAACGACUACAUGCUGCCAGUCCAUCAAGCCGCCGAUCACCAUCGAAUGACAAGCAAGAUGAGGGUGACCCACGGGCUCCGUCAGCGACGUUUUAAGAAUGGAGUCUCGAAGAUGCUACUUUGAAACGCGACUUCUUAGGUGGUCAAGCCU